AAAGUAUCAAAGUACGGUUCGAAAAAGUUUGCACUCGAUGAGUUCUAUCCUAUCUAGAUUUGAGUUAGGUGCUUAAUAUUAUAGAAUAUGUUAUUGUUAAACUUUUUUUUUUCUAUCACGUUAUAUCAUUAAUUUAUUCAAAUAUUAUUAUUUUGUUUUUAUUUGUCAAGGCAAGUUUAAUUGAACGACGUGAAAAAGCUCAACAAAAACAUGAUGAAGCUAAAUCAUUAAAAGAUGGUAUUGAUCGUCGUAGUCGUAUAGUAACAAAUAUGCUUCGAAAAUAUUUUUCUAAUGAACAAUAUGAUGAUUAUGAACAUUUUAUACGAAUGAAAUCAACAUUAUUAAUGGAUGCAAAAGAUAUUGAAGAAAAUAUAUUAAUUAUUGAAAAACAAAUUGAAAUUUUAACUCAAAUAUCAAUAUCAGAUUCUCAAAAUUUACAAACAUCGAAUAAUACCGAAAGUUUACAAACGAAUUCCUUUAAAGCUAUAUCGAGCAUGGCCUAG